AUGUCGCAUCAAGGACACGAGCACGGACCAUCCGACGGUCACCACGAUCAUCACGAUGAGCACAAGGAUGGACAUCACCACGACACUCAACACGACGCUCAUGGACAACACGUCCAUCACGCCGGAGAUCACUGUGAUACUCAACAUGCUGGAAACCAUCAAGCUGGUGAGCAUUGUGCUCACACUCAACACGAUGCUGCUCACGAGCACAGCCAUGGAGAUCACAGCCACGAUUCCCAUGGACAUCAUUAA